AGAGUGCGCUGGUCGCCUCUCGCGCCUCUGAGUGCAGUGCAUCGGGAGGGAGCCGUGCGCCGGCCGCCGCCAUGCUGCAGUAUUACCCGAUGGGCGCGGACGGCGCCGCGUGCGAGACGGACCGGCUGGUUCCGAGUCUGUCUCCGCCGCUGGAUAUCAUGAUGGAUACCGUCCCGAUGUACUAUCCGGACCGGACAUGCCCCCAGGCCGGCGACGACAUGACGGCCUACCUAUCGAAGCCGAGCUGGCCGCCGCCGAUGGAGCCGCCCGAGCCAGGCGACCUCGACUCGCUGCCCGACACGCUGCUCGAUGAGACCAUGUCCGAGCAGCCGCGACGCGAGUCAGCCUCCCAGAUCGACGAAUUCUUCUCGGCGGCCGUGCGUCGUCGCUCCUCGUACCUGGCCAUCCUGACGGCACUGCAUGCACGCGAAGACGACGACGUCUUCCAGAAAACGGACCUCGAGAACGAGUCGCCGUCGGCCGAGGACGUGCUGGCGCUGCUGCAGUAUGAGCGUACACUCUCAGUACCGACGCUCAAGGGCGACCAGCCGACACAGGGCCGCGGGCCGGGAUGCGGCUUCGCCAAUUUCGCACCGCCAGUUCUUCCUCCUCCCCCUCCUCUCCCGCCGCCGCCGCAGCAACAGCAGCCGCCGCAGCCGCAGCCGCAGCCGCAGCACCAGCAUCAACGUGUUUGCGGCGGCGCCCAUGUUCGCGCGGCCUGA